GAAAGUUUUUUACCAGGUCCCUGCGCGGGGGAACCCGGGGGUUGCUCCAGCUGCCCCCCUUCCCCGGCCCGGCUCCCGCGGAGGCGCAAGGUCGCGGCAGGCUGUCCCCUGCCCGCUCCGAGCCGAGGGGGUGGCCACGGCUGCUGUCAUCGGGCUAGGGCGGGGGCUGGAGACGAGCCGCCGCCGCCGAGGGGUCACCGUGACGCCGGGGAGCGCCCAGGAGCCUCGGGAUGGGCUCUAGGGCGGCGGCCGCGGGGAUCUGUCCGUUCAGCACCGGCGCACCGGGCGCGGGGCCCGCCCCGGGGCGCCCCGGCGGGAUGGCGAGGGAGAGUCAGAGAGCUUGGGGGCCCCGCGGCCACCUGUGAGCCUCCCGCAACUGCCGCGGAGCCGCCUGGGGGUCCGCCCGCCCGGCGGCACGCGCGCACACACACACACACACACACACAUACACACGCACACACACACGGGCGCGCACACUGGCACCCGCACCCGCAGCGGCGAUGCAAGCCAGCAGGUUGGGGAAGUUUGCCGCCGGCCUCGGCCGCGGGCCCCCGUGCCACCAGGUGUAGCGCCCCCGGCGGGGCGCGGGCGGCCCCAGCAUGACCGGCCAGAGCCUGUGGGACGUGUCCGGGGCCAGCGUCGUCGAGGACGGAGAGAUCCGCGUGAACGUGGGCGGCUUCAAGCGGCGGCUGCCGUCGCGCGCGCUGCUGCGCUUCCCCGAGACGCGCCUGGGCCGCCUGCUGCUGUGCCGCUCGCGCGAGGCCGUCCUGGAGUUGUGCGACGACUACGACGAGGUCCAGCGCGAGUUCUACUUCGACCGCAACCCCGAGCUCUUCCCCUACGUGCUGCACUUCUACCACACCGGCAAACUGCACGUCAUGGCCGAGCUGUGCGUGUUCUCCUUCAGCCAGGAGAUCGAGUACUGGGGCAUCAAUGAGUUCUUCAUCGACUCCUGCUGCAGCUACAGCUACCACGGGCGCAAGGUGGAGCCCGAGCAGGAGAAGUGGGACGAACAGAGCGACCAGGAGAGCACCACGUCCUCGCUGGACGAGAUCCUCGCCUUCUACAAUGACGCCUCCAAGUUUGACGGGCAGCCGCUGGGCAACUUCCGACGGCAGCUGUGGCUGGCGCUGGACAACCCCGGCUACUCAGUGCUGAGCCGCGUCUUCAGCGUCCUGUCCAUCCUGGUGGUCCUGGGCUCCAUCAUCACCAUGUGUCUCAACAGCCUGCCUGACUUCCAGAUCCCCGACAGCCAGGGCCACCCGGGCGAGGACCCCCGGUUCGAGAUUGUGGAGCACUUCGGCAUUGCCUGGUUCACCUUCGAGCUGGUGGCCCGGUUCGCUGUGGCUCCCGACUUCCUCAAGUUCUUCCGGAAUGCCCUGAACCUCAUCGACCUCAUGUCCAUAGUGCCCUUCUACAUCACGCUGGUGGUGAACUUGGUGGUGGAGAGCACGCCGGCCUUGGCCAAUCUGGGCCGCGUGGCGCAGGUGCUGCGGCUCAUGCGCAUCUUCCGCAUCCUGAAGCUGGCCCGGCACUCCACGGGCCUCCGCUCGCUGGGCGCCACACUCAAGUACAGCUACAAGGAGGUGGGGCUGCUCCUGCUCUACCUGUCCGUGGGCAUCUCCAUCUUCUCCGUGGUGGCCUACACCAUUGAAAAGGAGGAGAACGAGGGCCUGGCCACCAUCCCAGCUUGCUGGUGGUGGGCCACUGUCAGCAUGACCACCGUGGGCUAUGGGGACGUGGUCCCCGGGAGCACGGCGGGGAAGCUGACCGCCUCGGCCUGCAUCCUGGCAGGCAUCCUGGUGGUGGUGCUGCCCAUCACCCUCAUCUUCAACAAGUUCUCCCACUUUUACCGGCGCCAGAAGCAGCUGGAGAGCGCCAUGCGCAGCUGCGACUUCGGGGAUGGUAUGAAGGAGGUCCCGUCCGUCAACCUGAGGGAUUACUAUGCCCAUAAGGUGAAGUCGCUCAUGGCGAGCCUGACGAACAUGAGCAGGAGCUCGCCGAGUGAGCUGAGUCUGGACGAUUCCCUCCACUAGGCGCCAGGGCGCGCCGACUUGUCAUCGAGUCGUGGGUCUGCCUCGGCACCUGGCGGGCCGGUGGCCUCCAGAGUUAGGCCCGGCCCCAAAGUGGGGAGCUGCCGUGUGGGACCGGCACCCCAGGGUGCUUUUCAGCACUGCGGAUCCCUUGGAGGGAGUGGGUGGAGUGGGUGUGCCUGAGCCUGCGGUGCGACGACGCCCUCGCGCGUGUCCACUGCCCCCUUCGGCCGCGGGACGGGGAGCGCCCAGAAUGCUGACCCCCGCCGUCCGCUGUGCCCUCGGCUCUCGUGCUCGUGGUCCAGUCCUGUCUGUGAGAUGUUCGUGUUCCCGGUGUCCAGGUUGUCUUGUGAGUUCUGUACAAAAUAGUCUCCCCUACUAGUCUGCCGGGGGCUGGAACACCCCGCAGAGUCUGCGAGAAUCUGAGGUGUCCACUCGCCGUUGCCCCGUGGACUCUCCAUCUCCCUUCUCUGCUGCUUUCUUUCUCUCUGAUACCACAGCGGAGAUCGGGCGGUGCAGUGAGCAGGGCGGCUCCAUCUGGGAGCAUCCGGACGAGUAAGCUGGGGCUCGGGGCUGAUGUUCCUCCUGUAAAUGUCACUCUGUAGGGAUGGUUACUCGCUUCAACAGGUGGCGAACACUGCAUCUUUUAUUAUUCUUUUCCUCCUGACGACAGAUGCAGUGAUAGCAGGGCUGGAAGUCAAAGGUCGCCCGAAGGGUGUAUCUGUGUCGCUGAAAUGUUCCGCAGGACAUUUAUUUCUGGCUGAGGUUCCUGGUCUGGGCCCCGGUCACGAACGUGACUGUCUUUGAUAUUUGCAUGUUCUCAAAAUAUUUCUUUUUCUGAGAUGUUUGGAAACGAGGUCGUGUUGUCUCUCUGUGGAAAGGGGUUUGCUGUCGAACUGUCUUCCUGAGGCGGGUGAGACUGGGUCCCUGUGAGGGCAGGGCCCUGCUAGGGGAGGCCCGAGCUUCCCAGCACAGCCCGCUGGGUCAUUCUGCCGUGAGGGUGUGGUACUCUGCCUGCUUGCAGCGGGGGUGCCCUGGUGAGCUGGGGGUGUGGAAGUGGGUACGCCAACACAGACACGCCUGCAGGGGCGAGUGGGAGAGGCUGGUUUCCCUGGCCCCUGCCUUGUCCUGGGGGUGAGGGUGUGGGGAAGGGGCGCGGAGGAAGGUGUGAGUGUGACCGAGCCUCCGGUUGCCGCUUUGCCUCCAUCUCCAGCUGCCCACUUCCUGAGGAGCUCAGCACGGGUUAAAAACUCUUUAGACAUCUAACCUUGGGCUGAAGGCUGAGUGCUCUUCUCCCAGACGUACUCCCUCCUCUUGCUCUGCUCACUGGCGCCUAGGUGGCGCCAGGCACCCGGGUCCCUGUGUGCAAUGUCACCCCUGCAGCUCCCACGACCACUGAGAGGGUCUGCUAAGGUUUUGGGGACACAGGGGUUCCACGCGGGGAUGGGCCCAGCCUCCGAGUCAGUCUGGGCAGGUCCAUGCUGCUGUGUCCGAGUAAAUGGGGCUCACUGAGGGGUCUGGCCGGAGGGCUCCAGGCAAGAUGGCAGCCAUGCUGCCACCGUCGGCCUGGGGAUGGCAGCUGAGAUCCAUCCGUGCAUGCAGGGAGGCAGCUGCCUUUCCCCGGUGGCCAGUGCUUUGCUGCCCACCCAGCUCCCCGCAGCCUCAGGGAAGGCGGGAGAGCCUAGGUCAGGGGCUUGGGGAAGUUUUCCAGGAUUUUCAUGGGGAGCAAGUCCUGGCUCUGGCCGCUGUGCCCAGCGCUGGAAGGCAGGGGGUUUCCACAGCUGUGGGUCUGUGCGGAAGAGGGCGGGCAUGCAGAUGGUGGUGCUGAAGGACGAUGCUGCCCCAAUGCCCCCUGAGGGGAGCAGGGCUGCAGGCAUCAGCCGCUCUCGCCGGCACUUUUCUGCAAGGAGCAGGAGUGCGUAGGCAGCCCUGGGGCUGGAGGCCUGCCGCUGACUGGGGAAGACUCGCGUUUACCUGGUGCCUUUCCCGGGUGGCAGGCGAAUCCCAAAGUGCUUCUGAGACUGUCUUUUACUCUCCUGUCCUCGCACUCACUUGUAUCAUGUGUCCCCACUUGGGUGGUCACUUCUGGGCAGGAGCCUGCCCCACUGUGGUCACUUCCGGCAGGAACAUGUCACCACAGCAUCUGAUUCUCCAGGCACUGUUUCUGGUACUAGGUGGCGCCCACUGGAAGUGGUUCUCAAGGAAGGAUGGAGACUGAAGGCGCUGGGGAGCAAGGGCCCCCUCCCGCCUUCUGCCAAGGACCUCGGCAGCGGCAGCACCAACUUCCCCUGUGCUCAUUGGGACCCUCGCUGCACUGGUCACAUCCCAUGAGGUGGCCGUGUGGCUCAUCCCAGAGACCAACCGGGCUGUGACUGGUAACUUCCUGCUCUCUCUGGAGUCCAGAAUCUAGGUGCAAGGUGACCCUUUGCACCAGACUCUCAGACUGACCGCUGACGAUCCCGAUCAUUACGUGCAGCUGUUGGCUGGAAACCAGCCUCACCGCCACUGGGUGAUGAAGGAGGUCACUCUCCACGUCCUGGGUCAACGCGUCAGGGGCCGGCUCCUCUCACUGACCUGGUGCCCGGCUUUCCUGCAUGGUGUCGUGUGUCCUGCCAGCCCCCACCUUCGUCUUGGUUCUGCUCCGCAGAAGGGGCAGUAAUUGAUAUUUAACAUUUGGCUUUGUUACCUCUCCUUAUCUUAGUGCUCGAAUAAUUGCACUACCUGCUAAUUCCUCCUCGUUGCCAGGAAAAGUGAUUUGUUCUGCACGUCGGGAGCGCGGUGAUCUGCGCGGGCUGCGUGUUAUCUGCCUGUGGGCUUCACGGGUGUUCCGUGUAUGUUGGAGCAGCAUGGCUUGUUACAGAGCUGUAAUUUUGAAAACUGA